CCCGCGCCGCGGCUGCGCAGUGCCGCCCUCUGGCGGCUCCGCUCCUUCUUCCCAUCGGCCUCGGCUUGCGGGCCUUUCAAACAUGGAGGAGCGGGAGCGGGGGGCGAGGCCGGCUGGCGCCGGGAGCCCCGCGCGCCCGCCCAGCCCGCGCCUGGACGUCAGCUCUGACAGCUUCGACCCGCUGCUGGCCCUGUACGCGCCGCGCCUGCCUCCCAUCCCCUACCCCAACGCGCCCUGCUUCAACAACCUGGCCGAGUAUGAGAGCUUCCUCCGGACCGGCAGCCGGGGCGGCGGGCGCGGGCGGGCGCGGGGCGCGGCCGCGGGCUCGGGGGGCCCCGCCGCCGCCGGGCCCUCGGGCAGGACCCGCCGCCGCCCGGACGCCCCCGCCCCGGACUCCGACCGCAUCCAGCGCCUCCGCCGCCUCAUGGUGGCCAAGGAGGAAGGGGAUGGGGCCGCCGGGGCCGCCGGGGCCGCCGGGGCGCGCCGCCGGGGUCCGGCUCGGAGCAGGAAGGCGCCGCGCAACGUGCUCACGCGGAUGCCCUUGCACGAAGGCAGCCCUCUGGGUGAACUGCAUCGCUGUAUCCGGGAGGGGGUGAAGGUGAAUGUUCACGUCCGCACGUUCAAGGGACUGCGGGGCGUCUGUACGGGCUUCCUCGUCGCAUUUGACAAGUUCUGGAAUAUGGCACUUACUGACGUGGAUGAGACCUACCGGAAACCUGUGCUAGGCAAAGCAUAUGAACGGGACUCUUCACUGACUCUCACGAGGCUGUUUGAUCGACUAAGACUUCAAGAUUCCUCCAAGAAGGAAGCAGAUUCUAAGUCUGCAGUUGAAGACUCCACUCUGUCCAGAUACUCCCAGACAUCCACUUGGAAGGUGGCUUCAGUGUGGGGAAGAGGAGACACUGACCGGGGCUCACGCAAGCGUUCCCGCUCCGUCCCUUCUUCCCUGCAGGCGUCUACAAGGGAGGAAUCCCGGUCAGAGCUAUCAGGGAGGACUACACGGACAGAAGGGUCAAGCGCAGGGGGUACCUUUUCCAGGGCUACCACCCUUUCCAGGGGCCAGCCCCGUAAGAAAAAGCGAAAGCCCAAAGUGGAUUACCAGCAGGUAUUCACUCGACACAUAAAUCAGAUUUUCAUUCGAGGUGAGAAUGUCCUCCUGGUUCAUCUUGCACAGUGACCAGCUCGGCCUCACUUGAGCUUUGGUUUUAGAAGUAAAAUGCAUGAAUUGCUGCUAUGCUGUAUCCUAGUAUCCCAGUGAAACUCUGAGUUGGAAUGAUCCUCUCUGGUCCUGCAUGUGCGGAGCAUAGAGCCAGGCUCAAGCCCUCUGGGAGAUGAGCUCCCUGAAGGGGAGAUAGGCCUUGGAAGGGCGGGUGGGUGUUUGCACUAAUAUCAAGGCAAAGUCUGUACAGAGGUACAUGCAUCUGCUUUGGUAUCAUGGUCUACUUCAGACACUCAAACUAAAUAUAGGGUCUUCAUUUGAAUUAAGGGUCAUGGUAUGAAUUGAAUUCAUUCUACAGACACUACAGCAUGGGGGAGAUAAAACCAGCUCGAAAAAGAGUGAUCUCAUUUCUAAAAGCUAGUGCUCUGAGUACUCAGGAAUUUCAUUCUAAGAGUAGCAGUAUAGGCUGCCCUGGAGCCCUGCACCCAUGUGUUGUAACUGACCUUUGAAUUUUGCUCUACACCAUUCUCUCUUGAUUAGGAAAUGUAAUGUAUUAUCUUUGAAUAUCUGUAAGAUCUCAGAAAGCUACGAACUUAUGUAAGAGUGAAGUUUGCAUAGGUUGUAUGCUCAAAGGAGCCAGCAAUGAAAGCUCUGUUUUAUCCUCCUCCUUAUUAUCUGUCUUCCCCUUAACCAGAGGUAGCUUCUGCGAAUGGCAUACCAGAUGGGACUGUAAGAUGCUCGUGUGGUAGCUUCUUGUCCUUCUCUCUCACUUCUGUGGCAUGGUGCUAGUGCAUGUACCGUGUGUAUUGCCCCUCUGUACGGAGUGUAACCUGUCCUUGGAGCUUUAUGGCAGGGGACUGUGACCUUCAUGUCUGGCUUUAAAGAGUUCUGCGUGAACUCAAUGAUGCCGAUACAUCACGCGGCUGAGAGUCCCCUUUCCAGGCAGGGCUGGCCCUGUGUGGAAUAUCUUCUAGAAUGGUUUUCCAUCAAACAGGGGUGGUAGUUUUAUUCCCUUGUGUCAGGCCAAAGAGGUUCUCACAAGUACAAUGGGUGGUGUCUGUAAGGGACACUUUACUCACAGCCUGGCUUGAGUAACAGGAACCCCACAGCACCCCCUAAUGCUUCUACUUGAAUCUUAUUAUAUGCUUUCUCAAUCACCAGUGCAGAAUAGGCUGUUUCUUGACACAGACUGUUAGGCAAUAUUGAUUUUUUGUUUUGUUAGUUUAUAUUUGGUUUUAUUUUAGAUAACCUAUGUUCAAAGUAAGAAUAAGAAAUAGCUAACUAGUUAAAAUGUUUGAAAAGAGAAAUUUCCCCUGCUGUAUUUGUUGUGUAACUUAGAGAAGCCUUCUGAGCAGCAGGGUGCAUAAAGUCUAUGGAGCUGGGACACCUGGUCCUUCUGCCUCCUGGGCCGCUGGCUUGUCAUCCAAUGCAAGGAGAGCAGACGCACCCCUCUGUGCUCAGCUUUUCCCCAUCAGACACCUACCUCACAGGAGCCCUGAGACAAAGAUUUUCAGGAAGACAUUUUAAAGUCUCCAAACAUGUUUACGUGCCAUGAAUAGUUUUUAGUAACUCUGUUUCAUUGCUUGGUAAGAAUUCUAUGUCUUAUGAGCAAGGCAGGUGCUACAUGAGAGGGUAGUCUCUGUAGGUGUCAUAUUGAUGACGUUGUUGUGACCAGAAGGCAGUGGCAUCUUCGGGAACUAUUUCCCGUAGUCCACUCCUUUCUCCUGAGGGACAGUGGCAGUUCUCAAAAUAUCUUCAGUAAGAGAAAAGUAACAUUUCUUUGCUGCUUCCCUCACUUCCCAGGCCCACCCUGUUCUGAUCAUUAUCAGAGAGAAUUCCCCUGAGCUUUUCAAGGGGUUCAUAUGAUAGUUCCAAAGGGAGAGUGUGCAUCUAAAAAUGACACGUCCCCAAAGGGGAGUUUUUGGAAUUUUUUGGUUUUCUUGUUUAUUUGUUUUUAUUUUUAUUUAUUUUUUUAUUUUUACUUCUCCCCAAAGCCCCCCAGUACAGUUGUAUAAUUUUUA